AUGUUUCUUACACAGACACAAAGACUACCCCGUGAUCCGGAGAAAUUCCCAACAGCGCAGCUGUUCUUGCUCGCUCUUGUUAGGCUUGCAGAACCAAUCGCUCUCACGUCAAUAUUCCCCUAUGCCUGGCAAUAUGUCCUCGAGCUUGAAAUUAGCGAUGACAGCAAUGCCGCGUUCUUCGCAGGCAUCCUCAUUUCCGCGUUUGCUUUCGCUGAGGCACUCAGCGGCAUGUACUGGGGAGUUCUCUCCGACAAGAUCGGUCGCAAGCCCGUCCUGCUCUCUGGCUGUGCUGGAACGAUGCUGUCGCUGCUCAUAAUCGGCUUUGCGCCAAACUUCUGGGUGGCAUUGGCUGGAAGGGCGCUCGGAGGUUGCUUGAACGGCAACAUCGGAGUGAUCCAGACAAUGGUGGGAGAGCUGGUGUUGAAGCCAGAGCAUGAGCCGCGGGCCUAUGCAGUCAUGCCUUUCGUCUGGUCUGUUGGAACGAUCAUUGGUCCUGCGAUUGGUGGCUACCUUGCGAUGCCUGCAGAAAACCUUCCUUCUGUCUUCUCCUCGUCUGGCAUCUUUGCGCGUUUCCCUUACCUCCUUCCAAAUUUGGUUUGUGCGAUUAUGCUCCUAUGCUCUAUUAUCGCAGGCUACAUCUUUCUCGAGGAGACACAUCCUGACCUACAACCAUGGAGUACUCUGGAGGAUCUUAACCAUACUUCCGCGAGGACACCGCUUGUACCUACCGCAGGCUCCACGGCACACGCUGCGGCAGACCUCCAGACAGAGUCGUAUGGCACGUUUGAUGCCGUGCGGAUAACUGAAGACGAGGACUGGGUCGUCAAGGCAGACGGUCGUCCUGCCUCAAUUUCGUCUGCGCCCAGCGAGAAGGUUUUCACGAAGCCCGUCAUCAUGCUUGUAGUUGCUUUAGGCAUUUUUACCUACCACAGCAUGACCUACGAUCACCUCCUUCCGAUAUUUCUGCAGGACAAGUGGGUCGAAGGAAAUACUUCAGCACUGUCCGCACUCCCUGGGUCCUUCGCAGGCGGCAUCGGCUUAUCCAUCCAAGAGGUCGGCAUGAUCAUGAGUGUGAACGGCCUUAUAGCUCUCUUCAUCCAGGCACUAGUCUUUCCAUUGAUGGCGUCUUGGCUCGGAGUCUGGAAGCUCUUCGUUCUCGUCACGGUCUGCCAUCCAAUUGCCUACUUCGUCGUGCCUUACCUUGUCCUUCUUCCGCAAGACUGGGUCCUGGCAGGCAUUUACGUGUGCCUGACCAUUCGUAAUUUUCUCUCCAUCAUCGCUUAUCCCCUUCUUCUCAUGCUUAUAAAGGAGGCUUCUCCUUCGCCCUCGCACCUCGGAAAGAUUAAUGGCCUUGCCGCCAGCACCGGAGGCGCUUGCCGAUGCAUCGCUAGCCCCAUUGCAGGCUUGCUUUAUGGGAUUGGAAGCCAGCUGGGUUUCACCGCACUCUCCUGGUGGGUCAGCGCCGCAGUUGCCAUCCUUGGUGCUUUCCAAAUCCCCUUCAUCACCAUGCAAAAGCACAAGACAGCUACGAUUCGGGCAGCUGUAGCCUGCCGGCUCAUGCCCGAGGAGGCACCGUUGAAGAAGAAUGUUGUCCAUAUCAACAUUCAGGAGGUCGAUGAACAGGUAUAG